AUGUCUAUAGUUUUUAAGAUUGAUCCCCAAGGUGUUUUGGAUAUAGUUGAGGGCUUUGAGAAUCCAAAAGCACCUGUCCCAGACCCUGGAAUCAGCGUCUCUAGAUCUACUCCGGAAGUCGAUGGCUCCCUACAAGGUCAUGUAAAACCUACCGCCGCCAAGUGUUUAUGUGGGGUCAAACGCUCUAAGGGUCAAGGUGUUUUUCGUCGCCUGAAGAAAUAUUUUGGAUUCUGAUGAAUUACAGUGUAUUCACGUGCACGAAGAUGUCCAAAGUCCGCAAUAAUUUUGAUAUUGAAAAUUACAAAUCACCAGAGCAAUGUUGAUGAAAAUAUAUUUUAUUUCCUUUCUGCGGUUCUUUUACCAAAAUAUAACAAACUGUAUGAUAUUUUUGAU